AUGAGUGCGGACAUAAAUGCAUUGCUGACCGCCCAAAGUGACAUCCACGGUCGUAUGGCCAGAUCGGUGUCGAAUUUGAAGAAGAUGGGUGCAGCAAACAACACUCUUCAUGCUGCCGAAACCCGCUUGACGCUUCUGGAACAACUGUGGGCCAAGUUUGAAAGGCAGCAUGAGCUCAUUCGAGCGCACUACAAGGAAGCAUUCGACGAAAGUGAGUACAGUACGACUCUGUUUGCCGAUUCCGCUGAAAUUACUUACGUUCAGCAACGUAGCCUGCUAAAUGACUACAUGACAAAUCUCAAGGUCGAGCCUUCAAAUCUUACUCUUUCGACUGAACCAGGAAACGAUUUGUCCACCAAAUCGACUUUGCCGCGUCUUAAAAUCCGAUCAUUUUCGGGCGCGUUCGAAGACUGGCUUUCAUUCCGAGACAUCUUUCUGUCUAUCGUCGGGAAUAAUCCAUCCGUUUCAAACGUAGAGAAGUUUCACCAUUUGAAGUAUUGCCUGCAGGGAUCCGCUGAAACAUUAAUACGUCCGUUAACCGUAACUGGAGACAACUAUAUGCGUGCGUGGGCACUGUUGUGCAAACAUUAUGAAAAUAAAAGAGAGUUGUCGCGUUCAAAUUUUUGCACGCUUACUGCCGUGCACAAAAUGAAAAGCGAUACCGCCGAAGAACUCAGCCGCAUUUACAAUGCAGCCAUCUGUGCCGUAAAUGGCCAGGAAAGCAUACGAAGGCCAAUUAAUUCCCACGGCUUUGAUCUCUUUAAUCACGUCAUCAUCGAGCUCUUCGAUCCGAGGACUCGUCUUGAGUGGGAAUCGCACACAAGUGAUUCCACGGACUUGCCAGACCAUGAGAUGCUAAUGGACUUCAUUGCCAAACGAACAUUAACUCUUAAGGCCGCAAAACCGAAACCUAACAAGAUUUCCGAAGAUCCGCCACGAAACGCGAAAUCGCACGUUGCCAAUAAACGCACAGCCGACGCCCCUGGUUGUGUUUUGUGUAAGGGCAAACACAAUGUUAUGAUGUGCGAACAAUUCAAGGCAAAAUCCGCAUCCGAACGAAAGUCCGUCGCAGAAACAUACCGAUUGUGUUACAAUUGUCUUGGCUCGCACACAAUCUCGAAGUGUCGGUCCGUUAAAACGUGCAUCACGUGCAAGGCCAGACAUCACUCGCUCCUUCAUGACGCGUACAUCCCUCCGACACCCUCCGAGGCGAGCGCGCUGUCGGCUGUGCGCCGGAACGAGGACUACAAGGCUAUUCUGCUAGCUACCGCUAGACUCUCUGUUGAUGAUCGCCACGGAAUUCCACUUCCGGUCAGAGCACUAAUAGAUCAGGGAUCGGAGGUUUCCUUAAUCUCUGAGGCGCUGGUGCAACGCCUACGUCUGCCGCGCUCCCGUGCGGCAGUCUCCAUCUUCGGAAUCGGCGGCUCACAAUCGGGCUUCAGUCGCGGGAAGGUGUCUCUCAAGCUCACAUCCCAGGUUAAUGGAGCUCAAGUCUCCGCCGUCGCUUUUAUCCUGCCACGUCUCUCUUUAUAUCAAGGCGCACCGGCGACGAGCAAGUCCACGUGGCCUCAUAUCAAGGGCCUUCAACUUGCUGAUCCGCAAUUCAGGGCUAACGAUCCCAUCGAAUUGCUGCUUGGUGCAGAGGUGUGCUCCACAAUCUUGAAGGAGGGUUUGCGAAAGGGUGAUCCGCAGGACCCUGUCGCUCAGUGCACACUGCUCGGGUGGAUACUCUCAGGAGGUUGCAACGAGGAUUCGUCAGUGACUCCACGCCGUUCCCUUCAGUGCACCGUCGACUUCGAGCUAGCCGCGCUUGUACAACGCUUUUGGGAACAAGAAAAGGAGCCUUCAGCUCCCGUCGUAUUCACACCAGACGAACAAGCCUGCGAGGAGAUAUUUGUUCGAACGCACAAACGCACAGCUAGUGGACGAUAUGUUAUGCGCCUACCGUUUGCCUCGUCGCCAACGCCACUCAGUGACACCCGCCUACACGCCGAGCGCUUGCUAACCGCCAUGGAGAGAAAGUGCGAGCGUGAUGCUCGGUUCGGGGAGCUCUACCACGCCUUUCUACGGGAGUACGAAGAAUUAGGUUAUAUGGAAAUAACCCCAAGGUCACUAGACUCACAAGAACAGGCAAAGUGCUACCUACCUCAUCACGGAGUGCUCCGAGAAUCAAGUUCUUCGACCAAGCUCAGGGUGGUGUCCAACGGGUCGCAGAGUGCAGGGUCCGGUGAGUCUCUGAACUCUCAAUUGUUGACUGGUGCUAGUUUGCUGCCUUCGCUUGCUGAUGUACUAACGCGUUGGCGAUAG